CAGGAGGGUCCCAUGCUGCACCCAAAGUGGAUUUCCCACGGGACCCGCCCCCCGCGCCACCUCGCGAUCUCCGGACUGAGGCUAGAGUCGCAUUCGAACCGGGAGAGCGAGCAUGUUUUUGGCCCAGAGAAGACUCUACUCCCUUGGCAGCCGAGCACAGCUUCUAAGAACAAUUUAUUCUUCGAACGUCCUUGGAUUCUCCACUUCUGCCAAAAUGGCUUUGAAAUUCAAAAAUGCCAAACGAAUCGAAGGCCUGGACAGCAAUGUGUGGGUUGAAUUUACUAAGUUGGCUGCAGAUCCUUCUGUUGUGAAUCUUGGACAAGGCCUUCCAGAUAUAUCCCCUCCUCCAUACGUAAAGGAAGAAUUAUCAAAGGCUGCAUUAACUGAUAACCUGAAUCAGUAUACGAGGGGCUUUGGUCAUCCAGCACUUGUGAAAGCUUUGUCCUGCUUAUAUGAAAAAAUUUAUCACAAUCCAAUUGAUCCAAAUGAAGAGAUCCUUGUGACGGUGGGAGGAUAUGGGUCUCUCUUUAACGCCAUUCAAGGAUUGGUUGACCCUGGAGAUGAAGUGAUCAUAAUGGUGCCUUUCUAUGACUGUUACGAGCCAAUGGUGAGAAUGGCUGGAGCAACGCCUGUGUUCAUCCCCCUGAGAUCUAAACCUACUGAUGGGCUGAAGUGGUCUAGUUCUGACUGGACAUUCAAUCCUCAAGAACUGGAAAGUAAAUUUAGUUCUAAAACUAAAGCCAUUAUAUUGAAUACGCCACAUAACCCCAUUGGCAAGGUGUAUACCAGAGAGGAGCUGCAAGUCAUUGCUGACCUUUGCAUCAAGCAUGACACCCUGUGCAUCAGUGAUGAGGUGUACGAAUGGCUUGUCUAUACCGGACAUAAGCAUAUAAAAAUAGCCACUUUUCCGGGUAUGUGGGAGAGAACAGUAACAAUAGGAAGUGCAGGCAAGACUUUCAGCGUGACGGGCUGGAAGCUUGGCUGGAGCAUCGGCCCUAAACACCUGAUAAGACAUUUACAGACCGUUCAACAAAACACUGUGUACACUUGUGCAACCCCUUUACAGGCAGCCUUGGCCCAGGCUUUUUGGAUUGAUAUCAAGCGCAUGGGUGACCCAGAGUGUUACUUUAAUUCUCUACCAAAGGAAUUAGAAGUAAAAAGAGAUCGGAUGGUGCGUUUACUUACCAGCGUUGGCCUGAAACCCAUCAUUCCCGAUGGGGGUUACUUCAUCAUCGCUGACGUGUCUUCCUUAGGUGCUGACCUCUCCGACAUGAAGAGCGAUGAGCCUUAUGACUAUAAGUUUGUGAAGUGGAUGACGAAAAAGAAGAAACUGUCAGCCAUCCCUGUUUCAGCGUUCUGUGACUCGGAGUCUAAACCACAGUUUGAGAAGCUGGUGCGGUUUUGCUUCAUUAAAAGACAGGGUUUCUCUGUGUAGCCUUGGCUAUCCUGGAACUUGCUCUGUAGACCAGGCUGGCCUUGAACUCACAGAGAUCCACUCGAUCCUGCCUCCAGAGUGUUGGGAUUAAAGGCUUUUGCUGCCACCACACAGUGGUAAAUACUAUAACCUAUCAACAAAAUAUGGAAGGCUUACCAUGAGUAGAAUGCAAGUAUUUACAACAGAACAAUGUGAGUAUUCAAUUGACUAAAAUAUAAUAGAAAAAGUAAGGUUAAUAAAGCAUACCAUCAUAAUUGCUGGCCUAAAAAAUGUAAGUCCUAGUGUUUCUGUACUUACAAUGGAGACAUAUCCAGAUAAGUCUUGUUAAAAAUCCUGUAUGUUGAAAAUGCCUUUGCCACAACCAUACCACUGAACAUUGUAUCUUAGCAAUGCAGUGCCCGCUAGGGUAGCAGCCAUUUACCUUUCAGAUCAUGAGGCUCCAUGCUACAUAUUGCCCAGCAUUAGGAGACAGUAUCUUACAAUAAAUCAUUAGCCCCCCCCAAAAAAAACAUCAAAAUUCAAAGUAUGGUUGCUACUGAAUAUCUGUCAUCAUAAAAUCAAAAGAUAGUCAACAGAGCCACCACAAGCCAGAGGCCAUCUUUAUAAACACAUUCUUUGAAAAUACAAACAUAAUCAACAGAAGGAAAAAGUCACCUUAAGACUUCAGUUAAAGCUGGGAGUGGUAACCUACACCUUUAAUCCCAGCAUUGGGGGGUGUGGAGGUGUGGCAGAGGAGUUCAAGGCUAGCCUGAUCUACAUAGUGAGUUCCAGGACUACACAGAGGAGCCCUGUCUUGAAAAAUAAAAACAACAAAGUCAAACUUCAGGUUUAAUCCAGUAAACACAGCCCUACCCUUUUCUCUUCUUGGAAAUAACUCAGGAGAGUUAUAAAAUGAUUUCACAAAUUACCCAGCGUACAGGGAAGAGCUGCCAAGUGUCAUAAAAGUAAUGGUACAAGAACAGGAUGCCUAGAAAGGAUCUGAGUCUCAAAUAAUAGAUGAAGCCAAUGGAUAGCAGGUACCAAGAACAGUAGGAAUUUCAGAUGUUCUGACAGUAGGAGAAACAGGGCACAAGUCUGCAGUCAUGUUAUGUAAACACUGUAAGGCUGGGUGGAAAGGAAAUUCUGGUUGGACUGUGGAUUUCCUCAUUUAUCUGUCAGUGUUGCCAAAAGCUGGGUUGAGGCAAUAUGGAGGAAAGGUCUUCAGUUAGUCCAUGUAAUUAAUUCCCAGUUGGCUGACCUCUCCAUCUCUACAUGAGUGUAUUAAACUUGUUGAUGAACUAGAGAGAAUUUCUGUUGUCUGCUAGCACUGCCCCGUUCCUCCUUGUUAAACAUCUGCAAAUCCAUGAAUCUGGAGAGAUGUCUCAGUCCUUAAGAGCACUGACAGUUCUUCUAGAGGACCCAGGUUCAAUUCCUAGCACCCAUAUUGCCACUCACAACUGUCUGUAACUCCAGUUCCAGAGGAUCUGACACUCUCAUGCAGACACACACAUGCAGGCAAAAUACCAAUGCACAUGAAAUAAAAAUUAAUAAAAAUUAAAAAUCUACAAAUCCAUCUUCAGGUCACAGAGCAUCACAUUCUCUCUUCAGAUCAAUAGAGUGGUGCGUGCACUGGCAGAGAGAGCUUACAGUCGGUGUUCAGUCAGAAAUCGUUCAUAAUCGCAAAAGGGUGAGGUGCACAUUUUCAAAGAACAUCAUAAGGAAAAGGAAAGACACAUGAACAAAACAGCUUUCAUAGUAUUUACUGGGAAAAUGAACAGUGACAGGGAACAGUUAAAAAUUGUGACAUUUGAGGUUUCAAAUACUUAAGACAGUAGGUUGAGGUAGACAUUUUAAAGUCUGGCAAAGUGGUGGUGUGAUAAUGCAGGAAGAUGAAACGGGAUCUAUUGGAGAGCAAGUAAGAAAUUUUGGGGGAAUAUAAAGGUAUUGGAAAUUAUGGUGACACUGAAAACUCUGCAGGACACCAAGUACUUCUCUCUAAGCACCAUAUCAGAGUUGAGAGAAGUAAAAGAGCAUAGAAUUAAAAAAAAAAACAAAAACAGAAUUUUACAAUGUUAGAAAGAAAUUUGUGGAAGUAGAAGAAAAAUGAAAUAUGUAGUCUCUGAAAAAAUAAAAGGACAAAUAGAACUCCAAUAAUUGUAGUUUUGUUUUCAGAAAUGCCUCUGUUCACUAAAUGCUUGAAAUGUCUCUUGAAGGAUCUAGAAUAAAAUCCCAGGGCUGCCUCUGGGGAAGAAAAUAGAGUGGCUGAGGAAGGGUGAGGGAGGAUGACUGACUGAAGAAACAACUUUGCAGGGCUAGGGAGAUGGCUCAGUGCUAAAUGCACCUGGAGAAGUGUGAGGACCUGAGUUGGUAUCCCAAGACACACGCAGAGAUAGUCCAGUUCCACACGCCUGUAAUCCUAUAGCAUAGCAGGGGCAGAGAUGGCAAUCCUGGCAUAAUCAUGCAACCUCAUCAAAGUCGAAGGUGAAAACCAAUACCCAAGGUUGUGCUCUUCCACACACCUCACACAAAUUCAUACACAGACAUUGCAUGCAUGCACAUACAUCAUUCCCAUAUGUGUACACACAAAAGAUUAUAUAUCUGAAAUGUACUCAGCAUGUUUUUAUAGUUUCUGAAAUACCAUCUCAGAGUAAAGCAUCUACUUAACUGCUAAUGAUAAUCCACCAUCCCCAAAUGUUUCAUCGUGUGUUCCCCACUAACAAGGACAUUCUCCAAACCCACAGUACACUGCCCUCAGCACCAUGAAAUUAACAUUGACAAAUCAUUUGUUCUACCUCUCAGCUCCAUUCCAAGUCUCACCGAUUGUCCCCGUUAAAUCCUUAGAACAAGAAAGCAGAGGCACUCAGUCCAGAAUCAUGUUGCUCAGUCUGUCAAGGCCAGAACUGUGUGUUGCAUUUAGUUGUCAUGUGAUGGUGUAACAGGGUCCUGUGCUGUUCUUUGGUGGAAGGGGCCAAGUAGGCACAGAGUCAACGACACAGACUCUGGGAGAAUGUUGAAACAACAAGCUCAGUUUAUUCAGGAAAAGGCAAGCCUUAUAUACCCUCCAUCCCACCCCAGGGGAAGGGCUGAUGAAUAUGCAUCUACUGGCGUGCUAUGGCUGCCUCUCAUUGGUCUGGGUCAUCUUCAGAUCAUGUCUCAGCUGCUGUUGCUAAGGCCCUUAGACAGACCCAGGUUGGCUCUCAGAAAGUAUCAUUUUACUGAUUUGGGCCAGCUGGCCCUCAAGCCUGUUAGGGAUGAGUCAUCCCCCAGGAUGGGACCUUACUCUUGACAUUCACUGCCUUGACACUAUAAAACUCACUAGCCAAUUUACUUUAAGGAAACCUACUCCACAUUGACUUGAUACUCCGCCACGGUUCAACUCAGGUUCUUCACUUUGAUAGGAACACAAAAGUGAUGAUUACACAUGACUAUAGUUUGCCUGCUACUAUUAAUUUCAAGCACUUGAUUAAGGUGGUGUUUACAUGUAUUUCCAGUAAAGUUAGAGCUUUCUAUUACAAAUCUUAACUGUUUCGAAGGAAUUGCUUUGAAAUUAUAGCAAUAGUCCAUUUCUCAUCAAGUAACCUAAUCAUUUUACUUAUUCAUAGGUAGCACUAAAAACUCAUAGAUUUCUGCCUUAUUUGAUGAGUUAUAAUUUAUCACUGUUGCUAUUUUAAUUUAAAUUUCUCCAGAAUGGGGCCACUAUGGGUCCCUGUAAACUGACCUCUGUUUCUUUUGAUGUGCCACCAUUGUGUUGGGACAUCCUCUUAACUUUCUAUCAUUGUUUUAUCAUUAUCUACUCUAAUCUGGAACCAGCCAUUUCCAGUAAGUCUGGCUCCUUUUAGAGUAAUGCUUUAUGUGUGUGUGUUGGGAGGUGGUGUUUUGUUAUUUUUAGUUUUGUUUUGUAUAUGUGUGUAGGUGUUUUGCCUGCAUGUAUGUCUGUACACCACAUGUGCGCCUGAUGCUCACAGAGCCCAGAAGAGGGUGUCAGAUUCCCCUGGAAGUGGAAUUACAAAUGGUAUGAACCACCAUGUAGGUUCUGGGAACCCAACCCAGGUCUUCAUUGAGAGCAAGAAGAGCUCUUAAUUACUGAACUGGCUCUCCAGCCCUAGAGCAAGAGUUUUUCCUUUAAAUCAAGAUCUAGAUAUUGAGUGUUCACUGCUGUUGUGUGUUGCUGUUCCUAGGCCCUCCCAGUAUAUAAGCAGGCAGAGGUAGAGAAUAUAUAAAUACAUUUGCACAGAUGCACAUUUAUAUAUGUCAGUCAUACCUCUGUAACAAGGGGUGAUUAAUUGCAUACUCCCACAAAUCUGUAUUUCCAAACUCCAGGAUAUUCAAGUGACAUAUAAAUGGCAUACUAUUUGUCUGUAACAUAUGCACAUCCUCUGUAUACUUUAAAUCAUCUCUAGGUUAUUUAUAAUCUACUACAAUGUAACACCAUGCAAAUAGAUGUUAUAGUGUAUUGUUUGUGAAUCCUAACAAGAAAAAGAAAUAUGUGCAUGCUCAGUGCAGGUGUAAUUUCUCCUUUCACAUAUUUUCAGUCAUCAGUUGGUUGAGAAGCAGAACCCUUGGGUAGACAGAAUUGAUUGCAUCUGUAUUUAUUUGUAUCCAAAUUUAUUGAAAAUUAUCAUAGGGUUAAUUGUAAUUUUUUUCCAUUUCUGUGUUUGUAACUCCCUUCUUCGAGAGUGAAACCUAGUUCUCAUCAUUUAAUUACUUAAUACCUCUGUAUGUGAUUGACCUCUGGCCAGUCACACACACACACACACACACACACACACACACACACACACACACACACACACAGACACCUCUCAGUGGAUGACCCUAUCAAUAUAUUUUGACAUUUUGAGCCCAGACCCUGCUCUGCCAUUCUCCCUCAGAGGUACCUUCCUCACAGUCUCUGUGCCCCACACUAGACAUUCUCUGAUCUCACUUUCAGGCUGUCACACCUCAUGGCAGGUGUCUGUUGUAUUCAGCAUCAGGUCACCUGCAUGGGCUGCCCUACCACACAGAGGCCUCACUAACUUGGAUCCCUAUCAGGUCAGAACCACCCCUGCUGGUGUCAGCAACUUUGACAUGCACAGUGGCUGCCCUGACUACACCAUUCUACUCAAGGCUGCUUGGGCUCUCAGCCCCAGGAGCUGGCUUUCCUGCCUAACCAUUUUGGUAGAAAGAGCAGAUGGAAGGGGUGCGGGGAAGGGAGAGAGAGGGAGAGGAGAACAACACAAGACUAGAUCUUCACUAUUACCUCUUCCAUUCAAUUUCUUUCUUUCUUUCUUUCUUUCUUUCUUUCUUUCUUUCUUUCUUUUUCUUUCUUUCUUUCUUUCUUUCUUUCUUUCUUUCUUUUUGUUUUUUUGUUUGUUUGGUUUGUUUUUCGAGACAGGGUUUCUCUGUGUAGUCCUGGCUCUUCUAGAACUCACUCGAACUCACUGAGAUCCACCUGCCUCUGCCUCCUAAGUGCUGGGAUUAAAAGUGUGCACCACCACCACCCAGCCCAUUUAAUUUCAUAUCAUAAACAUACAUUGUUGGGCUGGAGAGAUGUCUCAGCAGUUAAGAGCACAGGCUGCUCUUUCAAAGGUCCUGAGUUCAAUUCCCAGCAGGCACAUAGUGGCUCACAAUCAUCUGUAAUGGGCUCUGAUGCCCUCUUCUGGCAUUCAGGCAUACAUGCAGACAUAAAUAAAUAAAAAUUAAGAAAAAAAAAACAUGUAUUGUCUGUUCAAAAGCUAAGAGGAUUAGUUUUCAAUAAUCAUAGCAGUUUUUCCCAGAGUAUUGAUUAGAAUGAACUAUUUUCCUUAUUGAAGGCAAACUAUAGUGAAGAAUACAAUGUUCACAGAUAAGGAAAUGAAGCCUGAGCAUAUGAUUGGAUUUUACUGGCAGCCAUUAGAACGAAACCUAGGAACUGCCGUGAGAGGUUGUCUUGGAGAACGGAGGGGUUGACAGGAAAGUGGGGAGGAGUUGCCUGCUACUUUUCAAUAUAGUGCAUCUGAACGCAUUGACUUCUUUCUCUAAUUAUAGUUAAUUGAAUAGCUGCUUUCAGUUCUUCAGUUUUUGUUUCCUUUGAAAAUAUUGUGUGUGUGUGUGUGUGUGUGUGUGUGUGUGUGUGUGUGUGUGUGUGUGUGUGUUCAUGUAGGGCAAGAGAGGUCAUCAUAUCCCCGGGAGCAGGAGUUUUAGGCAGCUUUGCGAGCCGCCCACCCCACAUGAGUCCUCUGUAAGAACAGUAUACACCUCUAACCACUGAGCCAUCUUCCCACCCCUCACAGUUUAGUUUUUGCAUUUGUGUUUUUACUUUGAAAUUGUUUCUUCACCUAAGACUAGAUAUUUUCUUGUGUCUUCUAGUUUUGUUUUUUCAAGACAGGGUUUCUCUAUGUAGCCCAGACUGUCCUGGAACUCAGUCUGUAGCCCAGGCUGGCCUCAGACUCACAGAGAUUCCCUGCCUCUGUCUCCCGAGUGCUGGGAUUAAAGGCGUGCAACCACUGCCAGCACCACUACCAUGUGGCUGUAUCUUCUAUGUUUAAAUAUUGCUGUAACUUGAGUUUAUAUUGAUAUAUAACGAUACAAUUCUUUUAUUAAU